AAGUUGGAGUUAUGCUUUGAUGGGCUUACUUAGCAAAACAAAAGGAGCAAGCAAGAGUAAUUGUCUGAUUUUGUAUAAUAAUGGCUCAUUAUUACAACAUUGAAAACAUUAUCAUGGAGGAGGAGAUCAUCUCAAUUGUUUUCCAAGUGGCUGCUAAUGGAGUUGGACUUCUUGAUCCCAGUGCAGAAACAAACAGUGUUGAACAAGGUUCAAAGGUAGAGCUACCGUUCUGGCUAGCCCAUGAGUUGCACCUUAGACAGGCAGUUGCUAUGAAUGUGCUUGCUUGCUUCAAUCAAAAAACAAGGAAGGAAGUCCAGGCUGAUGCUGCAUGUGUUGAUCUCAGGAAUAGGUGCCCCUACUUCUAUGAACUUGGGUGCAAGAUUGCACCCCUGGUUGGUGACACAACCAUUGGGUCCUUCCUCUUGUAUACAUUUUCUAGUAGGUAUAAGGAAGUUUUGAGCAAGGCCCACAGUGCAGCAUUUGCGGUGGCUCCCAAGUUUUCGGCUCUUCUUACAAAAGAAGAAACUCAUUUGUAUGAAGCAGCCCGAUCUUCAAUGGCAGCGUUCAAGAAAUGGCGGAUAGGUGGGCCCAGAUUUGAAAGUGCAUCCAUUCUUGGAAUAAAGAGAAAACCUGCUAAUUAGAUGCUACCUCUGGCUGCCAUUCUAUAUCUCAAUCCCUUUGCCAACAAGUUGUGGUGAAACAGGAAUCCUAAUAUUUGUUGUGGCAUUAAUUA